UCAGUCGCGUAGGUGUUUCCGGUGUCCUAUAGCAUUUUACUUCCUUCCACACAGACCGACACGACCAAAUUGAAAAAAAAAAAAAAAGAAGACGUCGCUAACUUUUGAACGCUGUCGUAAAUAGACAAAUUUAGACUUUAUUUUUCGUUUAGUUUUCAGUGUAAAAUCUACGACAUGUGGCUGUUACUGACUGAGAAUUGAAGAAUUGUUGAAAACCGUAGACCGUAACGUGUAGGCCUCCGAAGAAAGUUUGGUCGAGGGCCUGUAAACAACAUGUCCUCCGCUUCGCAUUCUUCCUCUAGACGGCAAUGGUGCUACCUCUGCGAUCUGCCCAAGAUGCCCUGGGCCAUGCUGUGGGAGUUCAGCGAAGCUGUGUGCCGAGGAUGUGUCAACUACGAUGGGGCAGAUCGAAUAGAGCUCCUAAUUGAAACCGCCAGGCAACUUAAGAGCACGCACGGAGUUUUAGACGGCAGGUCCCCCGGUCCGCAGCAGGGCAAACCCAGCUCGGCUGGGCCUAUUGAAGCAGGGCGGCAGCAUGGAGAGCGUCUAGACAGGGGGAGGGGUGAGUAUGGGGUGUCUUCCCGCCUCCCUAAUGGCCUGCACAGAGCUGAAGAUGUGGCUAUGUCAGAGGGCAGCCGACAGAGCCCAAAUACUCGUCGGGCAAUAGCUGGAGCCGUCUCUGGUCUUCAUGGCACCAUAUCCCAUGCCUUGAUAGCUCAGGGGUUAGUAGCAGCCCCUCAUGGGCUUUUAGCCCCAUUGUCAGGCUCCAGGGCUGGGGCCGCACCUAUUGCUGUCUCAGCUGGCCCCAUAAUUAGUGAUGCUGGCAGAAGACAGGCUGUGUCCCUGAGUUUGGGAGCUAGCACCUCUACUGUGGUGGGUAUAGACCCUGCAAUGUGGAGGAACAAUGAAGUGAUGGCUGAACUAAACGAAGUCUCUCGCAGCAGGUUGGAAGGCUGGCCAACCCGUCCCAAAGCAGUCCGGGAUGUGCUUGUAGCUCUCAGCAGCUGUGUCCCCUUUAAUGUGCGCUUCAGGAAAGACCAUAAUCUGAUGGGUCGUGUUGUGGCCUUUGAUGCCAGCACAGCCCCAGAGUUUGAGCUUAAGGUGUUUGUAGAGUAUCCUGCUGGCUCUGGAAUGAUAUUCUCAGGAGUUCCAGACCUGGUCAGGCAGAUGUUCCAUGACUCAGCCAAAGAUGCAGGUAAAGCAGUGAACUCUGGGCUACGGUAUGUGGAAUAUGAGAAGCGGCAAGGCAUGGGAGACUGGCGUGGGCUGUCUGAGCUGUUGAAUGAUGGUGUGCGUAUGUUUAAGGAGCCCCCAAUCCCAGAGGUUCUGCCACAGCCAGAUACAGUGCUGCCUAUGGCAGCAGCUGGACGUCCUGUACCAGCGAAGAGCACAACUCGGCGCCGCAAGGCUUCUCCAGGCUCUGAGAAUGGAGAGAGUGAAGGGAGGCCUGAUCACCCAGCAAGAGAGUCCUGGCCCCGAGGUGCUUACUCAGGCAUGGAACCUCUUCCUGGCAUGGCCACCUCUCAAGAGGGCCCACAACGUUUACACAGCCAGCCCUCACCCAUCUCAGCACUCAUGGGAGUUGCAGACAGUCUGAGCUCCAGCCAGAUGGCCAGAGAUAGCCCCAGCAUGUCCACAGCCCACUCCUCCACAGCUGGGCGUCCUGCCAGCAGCAGCCCAUCUGGUGCCUCCACCUCAGUCUCCCAGGGGCAAGGUCUAAGUGCGGGGGGGCCAAGCAGCAACACCAGUGCUGGGGAGUCUUCAGGCACCACUCAGGGCACUCUGCUCUGCUGCACCCUCUGCAGACAGCGCCUGGAAGACACGCAUUUUGUCCAGUGUCCCUCUGUCCCACACCACAAGUUCUGCUUCCCCUGUACUCGAGGAUUCAUCCGUAACCAGGGUCAAGGAGGGGAGGUGUACUGCCCCAGUGGUGAGCGCUGUCCACUGGCUGGAUCCACUGUGCCUUGGGCCUUCAUGCAGGGAGAGAUCUCAACCAUCCUUGCCGGAGACGGAGAUGUAAUGGUGAAGAAGGAGAAUGACCCUUGACAUCUUGAUCCUGUUGUGCGGAUCAAACCCUUUGGAAGCACUUCACUGUUAACUCAAGCAGAGGUCCUCUUUGGCUGCACUUCAUCAUUUGUGCCUGUGAGAACAGAAAAACUCUGUGCCCCAGGAGGACAGCUCCACACACACCGUUAGCUAAAGACACAACAGGCGUCACUCACAAGAAGCGGGACCUGUUAGCGUGUUGGGGCUCGGCUCCCCACCUCUCUCCCUCUCUCCUCUGUCCAGCACAGCACAGGCCUCUGAUCAGGUCUUGUCUUCAAAGCCCAGGAUUGAAAGCACACACUUGUUUUUUAAGAAUGAGAAUCUAUUUUGUCUCGUUUGUGUUUUUGUUAUAUAUGUUGCAUUCUGUCUUACACAGAUGGGUCACAGCAAUGUUGAUAGAUGCUUUGAUGGAAUAAAGCAGUUCUUUGAAAUCCAAUUGAAUGCUGAAAAUGUGGCAGACUAUUGGGCCCUUAAAGCCAAGGACUAAAAAAAAAAUGUAAUCCCAGAAUAUGUCUCUUAGGUAUUCUCCUUAUAUAGUAUGUUAAAAAUGUGAAUUUACUUUCAAUAUGACUAUGUAACUUCUAUUUUUGAUACAACGCAAAUUUCUAUGUACUUGUUUAUAGUGAUGAAAGACCAAAGAAGGCUUCAUGCGCAAUGUAAUUUUAUUGUAUUGUAGCUGUAUUCUCUGAUAUCCUUGGCAUCAGUCACUAAUUUGUUCAUCUAUCACGGAUGUAAGCUUGUUGUGUCUAUUUACUUUUUGAAUUGUAUGUAUGGUAAGAGAAUUAGCAACACAAUCUUCAGUGGUUAACCUAUAUACCUGUGAUCUAAGCAGGUCAAUUCUACAAUAAAUCACAAAAUCAAUAUUCUGGUUUAUUCCUUUUCUACUGAUUUGAAUCGCUUGAACAUUAAGUGUGCAGCACAAACAUUGGCAUUUUUAUAAAACUGUGAUAAAUACUUUGAUUAAAAAAUAUGAAAAACCCACAUCAGGUACACUAGCAGUCAAAGGUCUGGACACACUUUCCCUAUCAGUUCAGUGGGAAAGUACCCAAACCUUUGACUGGUAGUGUGUUAGAAAAGCCCCUGGAAAACAUGUAAUUAACAGCAUUAACCACAGUUAACCAGUUAUGUGAAAACUCAAGGCAGGAGUGACAGUGUGGAUUGCAGAAUAUUUGCAGUUCUUGUGAAUAUAAAAUGCAUGACUUGGUAAACAAAAGGAAAGCAAACUGCACCAAAAAAAAAAAAAAAAAAAAA